AUGGUAUACCAGAAGGUCAUCACUUCCGCACUUCUUCUCGGCGCUGGCGCUGGGUUUGCUGUUGCGCGUCCACACGCUGGUCAUCAUGGUCACCAGGGUACGCACUCGCCCAAGUCGUACCCUUUCACAGUCCCAGGCUAUGGUACCGGUGUGAGCCCCAGCAGCAUUCCUCUGGGCACUGGCUCCGCGAUCGUUCCAACUGGCACUGCGGUCUACCCGACUGCACCUAUCGUUACUGGGUCGGUCGUCUCGGUCAAGAAGGAGUCUUCUUCUGACGACGACGAUGACAGCUCCAGCUCAUCAACCAAGAAGAGCUCAAACUCCACCAGCGCCGCGGUCUCAGCCUCCACUGGCAGCUCCUCGAGCAGCAGCAGCAGCAACUCCAUCGCCUCCUCAGGCUCAUCCAAAUCUGGGACCGCCACCCUAACAGCCGACUCCGGCUGCACCUUCACCGACGCCGACACCGCCAUCGCCUCCAAGGCCUCAUGCACCAACAUCGUCCUCAAGGACAUCACCAUCCCAGCCGGCGAGACUCUGGACAUGACAGACCUAACCGACGGCACCACAGUCCAAUUCCAAGGCACCACAUCCGUCGAGUACGAAGAAUGGGAAGGCCCCAUCAUCUCCUUCUCCGGCACCGACAUCACCAUCACAGGUGCCUCCGGCCACGUAAUCGACGGCAACGGCGCCAAAUGGUGGGACGGCGAGGGCUCGAACGGUGGCAAGACCAAGCCGAAGUUCUUCUACGUGCACAAACUCAUUGACUCGACGAUCGAGGCGUUGAAUAUUCAGAAUUACCCAGUGCAGUGCUUCUCCGUCAACGGUGCGGAGAACUUGUCGAUUAAGGAUGUCACGAUCGAUAACUCGGCCGGCGACGAGUUGAACUCGGACGGCGAUUCUCUGGGUCACAAUACCGAUGCCUUUGACGUAGGUUCGUCGACGGGUGUGUACAUUUCCGGCGCGACUGUGAAGAACCAGGAUGACUGCCUUGCCAUCAACUCCGGUACUGACAUUUCCUUCACGGACGGAUCUUGCUCGGGUGGACAUGGUCUGUCGAUUGGAUCUGUCGGUGGACGCAGCGAUAACGAUGUUGCCAAUGUUUACAUUGCGGAUAACACGAUUUCGGACUCGGACAAUGGUGUGAGGAUCAAGACUGUUUACGACGCGACGGGCUCGGUCAAGAAUGUUACAUACUCUGGAAUUACGCUCAGCAGCAUUGCCAAGUACGGCAUUGUCAUCCAGCAGGAUUACGAGAACGGCUCGCCGACUGGUACUCCUACUGAUGGUGUGCCGAUCACUGACUUGACGAUUUCGGAUGUUACUGGAUCGGUCGCGGAUGAUGCGGAGGAGGUUUACAUCCUGUGCGCUUCGUGCAGCGAUUGGACUUGGUCGGGCGUCAGCAUCACUGGCGGUGAGAAGAGCAGUGAUUGCGAGGGUGUGCCAACUGGUGCUUCGUGCUAG